CACUGUUAAAACCAAACAAGGCCUAAUCUCAAACCCUAUGCGCAAAGAAGCAACGAAGACGACGAAGAGGGAGGCGAUGGCUCGGAUGAUCACAUAUGUGACAAGUUCUCAGCUUCUCUCCGUUAAACCUCGUCCAAAUGUUGCUAUAAUUGAUGUCAGGGACGAUGAGCGAAGUUACGAUGGUCAUAUAUGUGGUUCUCUUCACUUUGCUAGUGAUACUUUCACCGAUAAGAUCCCUAAUCUUAUUCAGACUGUCAAAGGGAAAGACACCCUUGUUUUCCAUUGUGCUCUCAGCCAGGUUCGUGGACCAAAAUGUGCAAGAAGAUUAGCAGAUUAUCUUGGUAAUGUGAAGGAUGAUGCUGGAAUAAAGAACAUAAUGGUUCUGGAACGCGGUUAUAAUGGGUGGGAGGCUUCAGGUAAACCUGUUUGUAAAUGUUCAGACAAUCCGUGCAAGACUGCUGAAUGCACAUAAAAGACUAUUGAGAGGAAAAGUGUCGAUUUAAUGAUUGAUGAUGAUAAUCAAAGUAAUUUUAUAUGUAUUACAUUAUAUGUGUAAAGAUCUGAUAUUUUUUAUCAAUAAAAAGUGACUAUGUUCUUAUUA